UCAACUUUUUAAUUAAAGUUUUUAUAUUAUAUUUUAUAAAAUAAUAAGUAUGAGUACUAUUAUUAAAUGUGAAUGUGGAAAACUAAGUAAUUCCAUGAAUAGUGUGAAUUGGAAUAGACACGUUAAUUCAUGUAAAAUACGAAUAUCAAAAAGAAACAGCUCUGAUAUUAAAUCAUUUUUCAUUGGAAUCGAAAAAAAGAAAAUUAAAUUGGAUCAACAAAUUAUAGAAGAAGCACAUGAAAAUCAAGAUUGUGAAUUAUUGGGUGAACCAAAAUUUUGUACAAAAGAUCAAAAUGUAAACAGUGAUACAACAUUUAGUAUUGAGACUUCCUCUAUAGUUGAAAAUCAAGACUGUGAAUUAUUGGGUGAACCAAAAUUUUGUACAAAAGAUCAAAAUGUAAACAGUGAUACAACAUUUAGUAUUGAGAAUUCCUCUAUAGUUGAAAAUCAAGACUGUGAAUUAUUGGGUGAACCAAAAUUUUGUACAAAAGAUCAAAAUGUAAACAGUGAUACAACAUUUAGUAUUGAGAAUUCCUCUAUAGUUGAAAAUCAAGACUGUGAAUUAUUGGGUGAACCAAAAUUUUGUACAAAAGAUCAAAAUGUAAACAGUGAUACAAUGUUUAAUAUUGAAACUACCUCUAUAGACUUGAGCAAUUGUGAUCCAAUUACAUUUGUUAAGAAAAAGUUAUCCCUGGUCGAAAAAUUGGCGCUGAUUUCUAAAGGUCCAUUCCAGCCAAAAAAAAACGAGCUACCAGGAAACAAUUUCCCUCAAAAAUAUGGUCAUCGCUUUACUGAAGAUAAUUACUGGAGGAAACUUACUGGUGAUGAUCGUGUACAUCGAAAUUGGUUGUCGUACUCCAUCUCAAGAAAUCGAUUAUUUUGCUUAUACUGUAUGUUUUUUGGUGAUAAAUAUGCACAAAAAAGUUGGAUAGAAGAUGGUUUUCAAGGUUGGAACAGACUUGGAGAUAUUGGUUUGCAUGAGAAAUCAAGUUGUCAUAUUAAUGCGUCAAUAAUUGUUAAGUUAAAACAGAACUCUGUGGCAAUUUUACCAUCAUUAGAGGGGAAAAAAAGAGAAGAAGUGGCCAUUAAUAGAGAUGUAGUGAAUACAUUAGUAGAAAUUACACAGUUUCUCGGAAAACAUUCUCUUUCAUUUAGAGGUCACCGUGAAAAUUGGUCUGAGGCUAAUAAAGGCAAUUUUAAGGACCUAGCAGAAUUAAUUAGCAAAUGGUCACCUUCAUUGGCUAUACAUAUUGAAAAAAUAAAAAAUAAAGGAAGAAAAGAAGUAAAUUUUUUGUCUUGGCAGAGACAAAAUCAGCUAAUCGAUUCUGUGGCUUCAUGUAUCAAAUUAGUUAUCAAUAAACAGUUAAGUGAGUCUCGGUUUUUUAGUGUUUCUAUUGAUACUACCUUUGAUGUUUCCAAAAAGGAGCAAUUAGCAUUUAUUAUUCGCUAUGUUAAUUUUGAAAAAGCAAUACCAGUAAUUAAUGAACGUCUUUUAGCUUUGAAAGAAUCAUCUAUAACAUCUGGAAUAAAUCUUUUUACUAUGUUCCAAGAAAUCUGUGCUGAAAAUGGACUGAAUUGGAGACGGUUUUUAGUAGGACAAAGCUAUGACGGUGCAGCCAACAUGCGUGGAGAGUAUGCGGGACUUCAAGCGCUUGUGUGUGCAGAAAAUCCUGCUGCUACAUACACAUGGUGUUAUGCACAUCGUUUGAGCUUAAUAGUUGUUCAAGGAUCUAGCAGUUCGCAAAAUGCAGUUGACUUAUUUGGCAAUUUGGAAUCUUUAUACGCAUUUAUUUCAAGUAGCAAAAAACGAGUUUCUUGGUUUGAUAAUGCGCAAAAAAAACAUUAUCCAAAACAACGAGUCCAUCGACUAAAACGUGUUGAAACUACACGUUGGUUUUCACUCUCAUCUGCAUUAAAUACAGCAAUUGUAACAUUUAAUGCUAUGAUAGAUACCUUAAUAAAAAUUCAGCAAGAUGAAGGAUGUGCAGAUUUUAAAAGUGGAGCAAAAGCAACCGGUUUAAUUGAAUAUUUUCUUUCUGAACGAUUUAUUCUUACUGCAUUUUUAUAUACUAAUAUUUUCUGUAUUGUGGAUCCUUUAACCAGAAUACUACAAUCAAUUAAUAUUGAUUUAUUAGGUACCAUAAAAAGUUUACACUUAGUAACUGAUAAAAUAAAAGAAUUGCGAACAGACAAUGCAUAUACAGAACUUUGUAAAAAAAGUGAAAUUUACAUUGAAAAAUCAGAUAUGGAGUUCUCGCCUUUACCCAUUCAUCGUUCAAGAAAGAAAAAACGAUUACCGAGUGAACAAAUUGAAGAUAACCCUAUUACCGAUCCUAAAUAUGAAUUUAAAAUUAAAACAUACUUUGUUUGUUUAGACACAAUUAUUACUGCUAUUAAUGACAGAUUUACUUCUAAAUCUCAAAAUUUAUUAAAAGAUAUUUCUCUUUUUUCUACUAAACGAUUAAAUGAAGUAAAAUGUACAAACUCUGCUUUACCGAAGGAUGCUUUUAAUUCAUUUUGUGAAAUAUACUCAAAAUUUGUACAACUUGAUGAGUUAAAAAAAGAAUAUGUGCAAUUUGCCAAUUAUUUUUCUGAAUUUUCUAACAUCAUGAAUUUACCCAAAAAUAUUCACAAUAAUUAUAGUGAGAAAGUUUGUGAUAAAGAUAAUAUGUCGGAUGUUGGUGAAAAUACACAAACAGAUGAUUCAGAUUCUAAUGACAGAAUUGUCUUCAAUAAUGAAAAUAUUAAUUUAGGAAGUUUACUAGACUUAUUAAAAUUAUGCCAUAUUUCUGGGUUAAAAGAAGUUUUUCCAACUCUUUAUACAGCACUUCAUAUAGCAACAACAUUGCCCGUUACAAGUGCCUCACCUGAACGUACCUUUUCAAAACUUAAAAUUGUAAAAAAUCGUCUACGUAGCACAAUCUUACAAGGCAGACUUGAAAACUUAAUGUUAAUAUCUUGUGAAAAUCUUUCAAUAAAUAAUUCUGAUGUCAUUGAUAAAUUUGCAAGUCUAUCAUCUGUCCUAUCUUCUAAAUUAUUAUAAAAUAUAUAUAUGUACAUAAUUUUUUUUUUAUAUAUUUGUAAGUUUGUACAUUGUUCAAUGCAAAUAAAUAUAUAAAAGUUUGUUUUUUUAACAUCACUUUAUUCUAUUUCAUCAAAUGUAUAUUAAACAGUGUUUAUUUUAAUAUAUAUACAAAUCUGCUCAAAACAGUCUAUUUUCAAAAUCCAUUUACAAUAAUAUGAACAGUUAUUAUUGAUACUGAUUUUUUUAUUUUAAAUGGUGUAUUUAUUUAUAGCUAUUCUUUAAAAAAAAAAAAACAACUUAUCGAUAGGUGGUAAUUUGGAAAGAGUGGGUGGGUCAAGCAAAUUAUUUGAACUGCCAGUUUCAAUUGCAUUCGGCGCCACUGAAUAGAGAAAAAUAGUGCGGAAUGGUGUUCUCUUAUUGAAGAAAACCUGAGGUAACUGUAAAAGUGUCGGAUAUAACAAUAACUCCAUGAAUUUUCUCACAUUACUUUCUUUUAUGGAUAAAUGAGGUAAACCACGAGUCAUAGUAGUGGUUCACCAAACCUUGAUUCAAGUAAUACAUGAAUAAGGGCAUAGCGGUCCAUAUGAUCUGACGCUUUAACAAAAUACAGGUAUAUUAUGCCGACUUGAGAAUGGACUGCGUAGUCAUAAAAAAUGAAGUUAUAGAAUACAAUAAAUUAUAAUUUAAUUUAAUACAUUUUUUAAAUAAAAAUUCAUAUAAAUAAUGGUUUAAAAUUAAAAAUACUUUGAUAAAUA